AAUUGAUCAACCUUUUCACUUGCACAAUCUACUAUCAAAGGUUAUACAGUGCCUGAACACGAUCAUGGCGGAAACACCAGGCAUCCUUACCAUCUGCCUUUUAGGAUGUCUACUCAGUGCUGAAUGUACAGUUUUUCUUGAUCAUGAGAAUGCCAACAAGAUUCUGAAUCGGCCAAAGAGGUACAAUUCAGGUAAACUGGAAGAGUUUGUUCAAGGGAACCUUGAGAGAGAGUGUAUUGAAGAAAAGUGUAGUUUUGAAGAAGCACGAGAAGUUUUUGAAAACACUGAAAAAACUACGGAAUUUUGGAAGCAGUAUGUUGAUGGAGAUCAGUGUGAAUCCAAUCCAUGUUUAAAUGGCGGCAGUUGCAAGGAUGACAUUAAUUCCUAUGAAUGUUGGUGUCAAGUCGGAUUUGAAGGGAAGAACUGUGAACUAGAUGCAACAUGCAGCAUCAGGAAUGGGAGAUGCAAGCAGUUUUGUAAAAAGGGUGCUGGUGAUAAAGUGGUUUGUUCCUGUACUGAGGGAUACCGACUUGCAGAAGACCAAAAAUCCUGUGAACCAGCAGUGCCAUUUCCAUGUGGGAGAGUUUCGGUUUCACACGUGUCUAUGAAAUACACACGCUCUGAGGCUAUAUUUUCCAAUAUGGACAAUGAAAACUCUACUGAAGCUGAAACCAUUUUGGAUAACAUCACUCAAAGCAAUGAAUCAUUUAAUGACCUCUCUCGUAUUGUUGGUGGAGAAAAUGCCAAACAGGGUCAAUUCCCUUGGCAGGUCCUUUUGAGUAGUGAAGGAGAUGCAUUCUGUGGAGGUUCCAUUGUUAAUGAAAAAUGGGUUGUAACUGCUGCCCACUGCAUUAAACCUGGUGUUAACAUUACAGUCAUCGCAGGCGAACAUAACAUUGAAGAGGUGGAACAUACAGAGCAAGAACGCAACGUGAUUCGAGUUAUUCCUCACCACAACUACAAUGCAACUAUUAACAAGUACAGCCAUGACAUUGCUCUUCUAGAACUGGAUAAACCCCUAACACUGAACAGCUAUGUAACACCUAUUUGCAUUGCCAACAGGGAAUACACUAACAUCUUCCUCAAAUUUGGAUCUGGCUAUGUGAGUGGCUGGGGAAGAAUCUUCAACAGAGGGAGAUCAGCUUCAAUUCUUCAGUACCUUAGAGUUCCACUUGUUGACCGAGCCACAUGCCUUCGGUCCACGAAGUUCACCAUUUAUAAUAAUAUGUUCUGUGCUGGCUACCAUGAGGGAGGUAGAGAUUCAUGUCAAGGAGAUAGUGGAGGACCCCAUGUUACCGAAGUGGAGGGAAUCCAUUUCUUAACUGGAAUUAUUAGCUGGGGUGAAGAGUGUGCAAUGAAAGGUAAAUAUGGAAUAUAUACCAAGGUAUCUCGAUAUGUCAACUGGAUUAAGGAAAAAACAAAACUCACUUAGAAAAAAAAAAAGUUUCUCCAAGGUUGGUUAACUCAUUGAGAUUGAAAACAAGUGGGCCCUUACUCAUGUUUCCAUCUCUUGCUAGAUUUGAAUCUAUAUUUCUAUGAAUACUGCUUUUUCUUUUUAUAGGAGAGAAUUCUGUUUAGCAUUCAUAUUUUACUGGAGUACUUAAAUUAGAAAAUGUAGUUACUGAUGAAAUAUAAUGAUGUGGUGAGAAAUCAUGACCAUUGCUAUGUGCCUA